AUGGCUUCUGACGAAGAUGUUCCUCCUCUGGAGGAUAUGUCGGAGCUAAUCCAACAAGUGGAUGCUCUCAGAGCGCUAAAGAAAGGACAGCAGCUUAGCAGACCUCUUCAAAAUGGGCAUGGAGAUACAAAAGUACCAAAUGGUAGCGAACAGGCUAAACAAAAUGUUAAAGCAGAACAUCAGAAAGAUGCUGCAUCUGUAAAAAUACCUCAGCCAGACACAAAAGACUCUAAACCAAACACUUCUUUAAAAUCCACUCCUACAAAUAUAUCAUCAGCAUCAUCACCAUCAGCAUCUGCUUCAUCAUCGGCCACUGCAAGCUCAACAUUUGGUGGAUUGAAGAAAGGCUUUCUGUUUGGUGGGGCUCCAGAAAAAGCAGCUGUCAAAAAGCCAGAUGCUGCUGCACAGCAAACAAAGACUGCAACAGCAUCGAGUGAUGUUAAAACAUCUGAGGAUAUUCCAUUUGUGAAAAAGACUGAUUCUCAAAAAUCUGGCUACCGGUUUUCUGAAGUUCAAGAAGCCAUGGCUAAAACUAAUGAAAAAUUAAUGCAAAAUAAAGAAUGGGUAACAGACGAUUUACUCACUAAAUUAGAAAAAAAUGAGAAAUUAGCAAAACGAUUACAGGACCCCACAUUUGUCCGAGCCAUAGCAGAGUUCCAACAGAAUCCCCAACAGGCCCUCUUGAAGUAUGGAGAGAACAAGGAAGUGCAGGACUUCUUCCAAGACUUCUGCGGCCUCAUGGGUGAACAUUUCAACAAGCUUGCCGACAGCAACAGUGGCCCAGGUUCAGCCCCGUCUCCAAUUCCCACCCCCCAGGCAACCAUAUCCAGCAGGACCCCCCAGGGUGGGGCAGACCUGUCCGUACGUAGCAGCACCAACCCCCGACAGGCCACUGCUCAAGAUGAGGCUCGAAUGCAGGAGAUUCUGUCUGACCCGGAAAUUCGGGAAAUACUUGUGGAACCAAAGAUUCAACAAUUGUUUGAGAGCUUGAGAAAUAAUCCUGCAAAUUCCCAAAGGAUACUACAGACCUCAGAUCCAUCCAUGAGGGCCAAGAUCCACAAACUGGUUCAAGCCGGCUUGCUGCAGUUCCAGGGUUGACAUGAGGGCCAAGAUCCACAAACUAGUUCAAGCCGGCUUGCUGCAGUUCCAGGGCUGAUUGUCACAUUAUAUAACAAAGUGCAAAUCCUGCUCUCUGUGAUAGAUCAUGUGACAUAUCAUGUGAUAGAUCAUGUGACACAUCAGCUAAUGUCAGACCUACUCACAGCCGCUCCCUGCUACAGGCAUUUGUUUUGUGUCAUAUGUUACAUUGCUGUGAGGCAACUUUGCCUGCAUUCAAAACAGGGCCAGAGAGCUGAAAACUCAAAGCAGCAACUAAAGCUUAUAGUGUUUUUUUUAUAUUUUGGUUUAACCCUUUGCAUGCUGGGAAAUUUGUCGUCUGCUAAAAUGUUGUCUGCUGAAUUUCUAAAAUUAGCAUUUUCUUGGAUUUUUUUUAAAGAAUACUAUCAGAAUAGCAAACAGUUUGGAUCCUGAUGAGACGCCACGUUCUGUGGCGUCUCAUCUGGAUCCAAACUGUUUGCAAAGGCCUUCAAAAUUUGGUUCCAGCACUGAAAGGGUUAAGCUAUAACUCUAAAUGAAAUAAUCAAAUUUUAAUCUAUGUUUUUGUUGUAAACUCAUAAAAAGUUUGAAUUUUUUUCAAAUGUAAGAUAAUCAUAUUGCUUCUUGAAUGUUAUUUAUGUAUUUACUAAGCUGGCUCAAAUGUCAGUUAGGUUUUGGUCAACUGAGUCCAGCAAUAGAAUGAUAUGGCUUGUGACAGCUGCUCAUGAUACAUUAUGGUUGUAACAAACUUUAACCAUAUAAUAAAUUGGGUAUGUAACUGGUUGCACAAUCUCACAUGGGAUUAAUAAGUCUAAAUUAUUAGGUCAUCUAUGACACUAAUGAGGUUAAAGAAUGGUUUAUAUGCUUUAUGCGCCAUAGACUGCAGGUUGUAUACUGAACUUCAUUUGUAGUUUUUAUGAAACUUACUAUUUUACAUGAUAAGUCUCAGCCUAUCUGUAUUAUAUAAACUGUUAUUAACUAAACAACGCUUUAACAACUUUACUCCUAAAAGAACACUUUCUGAGAAAUGGUUUAUUAAAAUCGAUAUUCCACCGAAUCCAACAAUUUUCAUUUUACAUUAUGCUUUUUUUCACAGUUUAUAUACUUUGUUAAAGAGUUUAACUAACGAAUUUAGCUGAGACAAUACGUCAUUUAACAGUAAACAAUGAAAAUUAUCGAUCAUUUUCACUGAUAAUUUUCACUGUUUGAAACAGUGAAAUUAUUGGUUAUAAUUCACUGAUGUUUCUCUAUAAACCACUGGAAAGCAUUAAAUAAAUAAUAUGUCUUAUGUUCUCUGUAAUUAGGGUGCAAAACUACUAGACUGUUUUGCAAUAAAUUGCCAUCAUGAAAACAAAAACUGAUAUAAUAAUAUUGUAAGCAUGAGUUGUCAGCUAUACAUAGCUUAUAAAACCCAUUAUAUUAAGGUAAUAAAUAUUGAAUGGAGUUUAAGGAUUAUGUAAUGAGUGACAAUCAAUACAGUUAAGACAGAUAUAGUAAGAUGGCAAUGUCUAGAUAUCAAUUCAAAUGUUGGGUUCCGUGCAAAACAUUACGUAAAUGAACUCUUAUUUUACAAAAAUUACUUUUUUUAACAUUUGUAUUACAUGUAUGUAUACAAUUUUUUUUACAGCCAUCUGAAAGUGUUUGAUUAAAAAUUAUUGUCCCGUAAUGGUUAAAAACUUGCCUGUAGUAAUUACAGUUGAAGUACACGAGGUGGUAUGUUGACCUGCACACAAAUACUGAUAAUAAUACUAAAUAAUUAUUGAUCUUCAAACAAAUACAAAUUAACAAUUAGAUGGUUUUACUUAAUUUUGUUUUAAAGAUAUUUAGUUUCUAUUUCAUAAUGGAAAAUCAUUCUUGCUUGUCAGUAUAUACAUUCUAAAAUAUUGUCAGUUAGAGGUCAAGUUGCAUUAGGCAGGGGAAAUGUUAACAACCUAACACUCUGAAACUAAAUGCAAGUUUGUUACUGACAAUAUUGUCAGUAAUAUGUUGUGUUAAUUACUUAUAUGUAAAAACUCUGAUAUAUUUAUCAAGGAUAAUAAACAAUUAAAACGUU